AUGAACGCCGGGACCGGCGAGCCAUCGCCUGCGCUCGCGCGACCAACAGUGAUACCGCCGAUGCUGGUUCAGCCUGGUGUUGAACAGCUUGACUCGCCGGUGACCAUUCCGGAGGACACUGUCUUUCCAAUACCAAGAUUCGCAAAGGCAGUGAGAGAUGACCAGAAAAGGCAGAUGCCGCAGUGCAUCGCCCACAGAGGCUACAAAGCACGAUUCCCGGAGAAUACCCUGCUGGCGUUCGAUGAGGCCAUAAAGGCUGGAGCUCAUGCCAUCGAGACUGACUUACAUCUCACCAAGGACGAUGUUGUGGUGUUGUGCCACGACCAGACACUGAAGCGGUGCUUCGGAAAGAAGGAAAGGGUCCUUGACUGUACUUGGGACCAGAUCAAGGACUUACGAACGCUGGCGACACCUCAUGUGCCCAUGCCACGGCUAAAGGAUUUGCUGGAACAUCUCACUCAACCAGGAAUGGAGAAGGUCUGGCUGUUGCUGGACAUCAAGCUCGACAACAAGUCCGACACCAUCAUGCGCCUGAUUGGCUCCACAAUUGCAGAGGUGAAGGCAACCGGGAAGCCGUGGGCUGAGCGCCUGGUCCUUGGAUUGUGGGCUGCAAAGUACCUCAGCCUGGCCGAGAAGUAUCUCCCAGGAUUUCCGGUUAUGCAUAUCGGAUAUAAAUUAUCGUAUGCUCGACACUUCUUCGAUGUGCCGAAUGUAGGCUUCAACAUGCUGUGUCCCAUGUUGCUUGCGCCUGGAGGCAAGAGCUUCAUGAGAGACCGGCGCGAGGAGAGUCGACAACUCCUUGCCUGGACAGUGAACGAUGCCGACAGGAUGGAAUGGUGUAUUCGUCGCAAAAUGGAUGGCGUUAUCACCGAUGAUCCGAGUCUCUUCGUGGCUGCACGAGAGCGGCAUGACGAGUAUCGAAAGGAGCCGGUCGUGCCUGUCAGCCUAAGAUCGCUACUUGAUAUAGCGCGCAUCUAUAUCAUGGUGACAGCCAUGUUCUGGUUGAUCAGGAGGCGAUUUAGGCCCGACGCUCAUAUGCCUCUGAUUCAGAAGGUGCCAAGCAGCAGGAAUGCAUAG